GUUCUCUCACGCCCUACGAAAUAGCAAAACCUAGGCAGAGAGCAGAGCAAUGGCGACAGCGGAGCAGAGAAGCAAAGAAGAAGAAGAAAAAGUGGAGGAGGACAAGAAGAAGAAGGUAGACCACGAAGGGGGCAACCUACUGGGGCCUCCCACUUUCGAAGCCCUAGCAAAUGGCCGCUUCAAAUGCGUUGAAACCGGCCACGAAAUGCCCCCGAAUGCCGUGGACUCCUACUCUCAGAGCAAACGGUGCCGUCUGGGCCUUAUCGAUUUCGCUUUGUCACAUAAAAAAACCCCUCUCAACCUUUUCAAGCAAGACCCCGUCUCGCGUUCCAAGUUAAUAUGUAAACUGACUGGAGAUACCAUCAAUAAAACUGAGGAACAUAUAUGGAAGCACAUCAACGGGCGAAGAUUCCUGAACAAACUAGAGCAAAAGGAAGCUGAAAAACAGAUGUCCAAUGGAAAAGUAGUGGACAAGGGUGAUCAGAUGCAGCAGAAGGAUGGGGAGAAGCACAAGAAGAAGGAUAAGAAGAAGAAGGAUGAGAAGAAGAAGAAAAAGAAGCAAGAGAAAGAGGUUGAUGAGAAUAUCUCUGAAGCAAGGAAAUCAGAGGUUGAUGAGAUCGAUAAGAACAGUGAUACUGAAGAAGCCGAAUUUUGGAUGCCUCCAGUAGGAGAUCGAUGGGAUUCUGAUGAUGGAGGAGAUCGAUGGGGUUCUGAUUCAGAUUUGGAAUGCGAUAUUGAUGAAGUUAAUGGAACUGAUGGUGCUGAAGAAGAGCAUGGCAACGAGUCAAGAGAGCUCUCCAAGCGGACAAAGCGACUGUCCAUAGAAGUUGGACCAAGCAGCUUUGCCUCCAGGAAGAAGAAGAGCAAGACGAAUUCCAAGUGUUGAUUUGUUAAGCAAUUCGGCUACUCAUGUAAUACACAAAUUAACAACAAAUCAUUCGGUUUAGAUCGGUUGUAUCUCUGAAUGAAAGAGCAUGUGAUGAGUUAUUUUUUAUGAAAUGAAUUGAAUGGAGAAGAAUAUGAAAUUUGGUUAUUCUUUUC